AUCUUCCUCUCGGACGGCAAGGAUGUGAGGCUGGCGAGGCGGCUACUGCUCGUGGCACCGCAGGGGGCGCGCUGCAAAGGCGGGCAGCCGAGCUAAGAGAUCCCGGGAGCGGAGUUGGACACUCUCCGGAGGGAAGAAAUGAGGUAGCGACCGUCCCCGGAGCGGACUAUGCGCGUGCCCUGCCCUCUGAGCCCCGCGCUGCCCCGGCCGAGCCAGCCCGGACAGUGAGCCGGCGGAGCCGGAGCCCCCGGCGUCCUGCCGGAGCGAAGAUGCAGUGACCCACCGAAGGACUGCUGCGCGGGGCCCGCCGGGGCCAGCCGGACCCACCAUCUGAGUGCACUUGGGGCAAGCAGCUGAUUCUGGGACCCGCUCGGCCGAGCGGCUUUUUGCCUCCAGCACCCCUUGGGGUGGGGAGCACUGGCUCCUGGGCACACUCGCGGUUGUUUCCUCGGUUUCUGGCCCUAGCCCUGGGGGUUGAGUGUGUGAAUGUGAGAGGGGGGCCCUUUUCACCUUCGCCGAGGAGUUCCUGCGUAUUCUCGCACCAUCCCGGCUGCUUUUGCUGGGGCUUUCUCAUUUAUUUGCACGCGCGUAUCUCUCUCUUUUUUUUCCUAAAGACAUUUUCCGCUCCACUCUCGUGCUGUCUUUCUCUCAUUUGGCUUGCCUAAGACUCUUUGCCCUCGUUCUGCCCAGGCUGGGGUAAAUCUGUGUUCGCCCCCCCCUUCCCCCCACUCCCGCAGUUAAACGUUUUCUUCUUUUUAAAAAUUCUUUCCCUACCUCUUUCGGCGGGGUUCCGGAGCGCUAUACACGCCCCCGCCCCCACUCCCUCCGACUGGGCCACUCCCAGCAGAGUUUUAUUUUUCGGUCUUGCCCGGGCCCAGCCCGGCCGGGGCGGGUGGCUCAGCCGGGUUUCCACCCGGCGCUCCGCCGCCACCGCCGCCAGCUGCGCGGGGGCGCCCUCCGGAGAUGCUGCCGUGGAAGAAGCAUAAGUUCGAGCUGCUGGCCGAGGCGCCGCCACGGCAGGCGUCCAAGCCCAAGGGCUACGCGGUGAGCCUGCACUACUCGGCGCUCAGCUCGCUGGCUCGGGCUUGCCCCGAAGGCGCGCUCAGCAGGGUGGGAAGCAUGUUCCGCUCCAAGCGCAAGAAGCUGCAUAUCACCAGCGAGGACCCUACUUACACCGUGCUCUACCUGGGCAAUGCCACCACCAUCCAGGCGCGCGGCGACGGCUGCACUGACCUAGCGGUGGGCAAGAUCUGGAGCAAGAGCGAGGCGGGCCGUCAGGGCACCAAGAUGAAGCUGACUGUGAGUGCGCAGGGUAUCCGCAUGGUGCACGCCGAGGAGCGCGCGCUGCGCCGCCCAGGCCACCUCUACCUGCUGCAUCGUGUUACCUACUGCGUGGCGGACGCGCGACUGCCCAAGGUCUUCGCCUGGGUGUACCGGCACGAGCUCAAGCACAAGGCAGUAAUGCUACGCUGCCACGCGGUGCUGGUGUCCAAGCCCGAGAAGGCGCAGGCCAUGGCCCUCCUGCUCUACCAGACGUCCGCCAACGCUCUGGCGGAAUUUAAACGGCUCAAGCGGCGGGACGACGCGCGUCACCAGCAGCAGGAGCUGGUGGGCGCGCACACCAUUCCCCUGGUGCCGCUGCGCAAGCUGCUCCUGCACGGACCCUGCUGCUACAAACCGCCAGUGGAGCGCAGCCGCAGCGCGCCCAAGCUCGGCUCCAUUACCGAGGACCUGCUUGGCGAACAGCAGGAGCAGGAGCAGGAGCUGCAGGAGGAAGAGGAGGAGGAGCACACGGAGGGCUGCCUGAAUGAGGAGGAAGAGGAUCGAGCCGGGGAGGGAGGCCCGGCAGAGCAAGAGGCAGAGGCGCCGCAGGAGCUCGUGGUGGCCAUGCACUUCGAAUGCGGGGACUUGCUGGAAACGCUGGAAAGCAGCCGCGAGGAGGCGCUGGGGGAGGGCGGGGUCUCGCCGGGCCCUGAGGCUGGGCCGCCGCCUCUGCUACUGGGCAGUGCCUCCGACAUGAAGGCCGAGCUCUCGCAGCUUAUUAACGACCUGGGCGAACUCAGCUUCGGCAACGACGUGCGCAGCCUGCAGGCGGACCUGCGGGUGACGCGCCUGCUGUCGGGCGAGAGCACCGGCAGCGAGAGCUCCAUCGAAGGCGGGGGCCCGGACGCCACUACUGCCACCACCGAGGACCAGUCCACCGACUGCGCCAGCCCAGAUGAGCCCCUCUCGGGCUGAACUCCUAGUCAUGCACUGUGCGCGCCCCUUUGGCCCCCUACCCUCUCCAUCAUCUCCUUACCGUCCCCCACCCCCCAGGAAAGGGGAAACGGGACACUUGAGGCCCAGACCCGCCCCCUCAUACUUUUGGCUCUGUUUGAAGCGGGGCUCAGAUUGCACGUGGAGAUAUGGGGGAGAGAAACCCUAACAAGGCAGGGGAGAGAGGCAGGCCUCUGGGGUCUGGAGAGAGGAAGGGCCGCUGGUGUUAGCAAAGCCCUGCAGGCGUGAGGUGCCUGCCGGCCAGUUUCCUGUUUGUGGGGCAGCUGGGGCCUCAGGAGGAGGGGUUAACUUCCUCCCCCACCCCCCAACUGGGAGCGGCCUAGCGCUGUCAUUGACAAGUCAUUUGAAAAAAAAAAAAAAAGAAUUUGUUCUCACAAUGUUUGAGGCUUUGAUGCCACCUCCUUGCCCCUCGUCUUCUUGGUGCGAACGCUUGGGUUGUUUACCUCAGAUUCAGACCCUUGAAAUUUUGCCAAAUUCCUCAAAUAACUGGUGGGGAGAGGAGGGGGGAAGAAAGAAAGUUGCAUUUUGUUUACAGUUAAAGACAUCGAAUAUCUAAAAAAGGAGUUUUCCUUUAGAAACACACACACCUUCCUACUCAAAAGAUCACACUCCAUGAUACUGUGUAAAAUAUUUUUGCACUGUCGUGAAGUAUUUUUGACUUUUUUUUUGUACAUAACUGUGUUCUCAGAGUCGAAUGUUUAUAUCUUUUGCUGUGCAAAAGGGACAUGUAAAAUGUUGUUCAGUUGUAUAUACGGAAAUGUGUAUAAAACAUUUUGUUAUUUUUUAAGAGUAGCACUGCCCUGGUUCUGUUUGCACGCCAGUGGGGAAAGAAUAAAGAGGAAAAUUGAACAGACA